CGCUGCGGCGUCGCGAAGCGUCACACACGCGCGGUGACUGUCAGCUCUGAGCGGCUGGACGCGGAGUCGAGGCGUUCGCGGCGCGUUGGCGAAACAGAGCUCUGAUUUGACGCGUUCGCGGCGCACUAGACGACGCGGCGGAGGGAUCGCGGAAGCGCUCGUGCGGUUUUCCUUUUAGAGAAAGCGUGUCUUUCGCGGAGCUCCAGGGGGAAGGGGAAGCGGGAGCGAAGCCGGCCGGAGGCGCUCAGGUUCAGCAUCACUUCUCAAAGUUUCUCGCGGACUCUGCUGGUGUAUGAGCGCCGCUGCGGAUCUCGCUCUCUCACCGACUGUCGCUCCAGCGCUCCGCUGCCGUCACACGGAUCGUUCUCCCCGGGUUCUAGGAUGUUAUCCAGCCAGACCGCAGCGGCUCUGAGUGGAAGCGGAUCAGCGGCGGGGAAGAGCGCAGGCCACGGCGCGGUGGUGAUGGGCGCCGGGGUCCGUGCGGGGUUCGCUCGGGGGCUGGGGCCGAUGGGGCUCGGGAUCCCAGGGAGGUUCGAGCCGGAUAAAGAGGGACCCCCGCACCUCUGCAGCGGCUCCGACGCGGACUCCGACUCCGGCGAUGAGGACGAGCUCUUGGGGUCAGUCGGGGACAACCGGAGGGGAGGCGGCGUCAAGCGGGAGAGAGCAGAGAUGGAAGCCGCGAUUGUGGGACCCGAGGCCGGCUUGCCUUCCGCGGCGCUCGCGGCUGGAGCGACUGGAGCGAAACCGGGCAAGAAGACCCGCGGAAGAGUGAAGAUAAAGAUGGAGUUUAUAGACAACAAACUGCGUCGGUACACGACCUUCAGCAAGAGGAAGACGGGCAUCAUGAAGAAGGCGUACGAGCUCUCCACGCUCACAGGGACUCAGGUUCUUCUGCUGGUGGCCAGCGAGACGGGACACGUCUACACCUUCGCCACUCGUAAGCUGCAGCCCAUGAUCACCAGCGAGACGGGCAAAGCUCUGAUCCAGACCUGUCUGAACUCUCCAGACUCUCCGCCUCGCUCCGACCCGUCCACGGACCAGCGCAUGAGCGCCACGGGCUUCGAGGAGACCGACCUCACCUACCAGGUGUCUGAGUCCGAGAGCCUCGGAGAAACCAAGGACGCUCUGAAGCCGUCCUUCACCGUGGCCAGUGUCCCGGGCAGCAGCACCGUCCCCAGCUCGUCCAGCAGCCCGUCCUUCCCCAUCACCAACUACCUGCCGCCGGUCAGCGGGAGCGGAGCCAAGAGCACCGGGGCCCCUGGAGGAGUCAUGCAGCUGCCCGCCGGCUUCACCUUCAUGUCAGGCUCUCCGUUUGCUCCCGGGACUCCUGCGAUUCCUCUGGGUCAGCUGCAGCAGCACUCUCUGGCCGGUCAGAGCAUCACGGCCCCGGGGUCCGGCUCGUCUCAGGGUCAGCAGGGUCAGCAGGCUGUGUUCCGUCUGCCGGCCACCGUCUCGCUCGCCGGCGGAGCGAUGCCGCAGCAGCUCCAGACCGUCCAGGUCCAGUCCAGCAGUCAGUCGAGCUGCAUCAGCACCAGCACCAGCAGUCCAGAGAUCUCUCAGAGCAGCACGGCGUCCACAGCUGCGGUCAGUCUGCAGCCGGCCACCAUCGUCACCUCCUCAGUGCCCACCUCCAUGACCGGUCACAUGAUGUACCCCAGCACACACACACUCAUGUACGCAUCCGCACCCACGCUAGCAGACGGGAGCGUAGCGGUGCUCAACGCCUUCACACAGGGACCGGUGUCACACACACCGACUCAGGACACAGGUGGCGUUCCUCAGGUGUUUCUCACAGCUCCUCCCGGUACGGUUCAGAUUCCCGUCUCGGCGGUGCAGCUUCAUCCAGUACGGCAAGAUCAACACUUCACAAAUGGUGAUUGGUCAGCAGUCCAGCGGCAGCAGCAGUAGUCUGACCGAGCUUCAGGUCGUCAGUCUGGACGCCUCCCAGAACGCCAAGAUCGACUGACCGCGCCCACAGAGACUGACGCCGCUAUUUAUUAACGCCUUCAUACAGGUCCUCGUUUAUACGUCUGACUCUACGGUUUCUGCUGGAGACAGCCACGGCACAGCCAGUGAGAAGUGUGUGUGUGUGUGUGUGUAAAAGUGAGAGAGUAUAAGUAUUGUUUUUGCAUGCGAGCCGUGCGUGUGUGUGUGUGUGUGUGUGUGUGUGUGUGUGUGUGUGUGUGUGUGUGUGUGUGUGUGUGUGUGUGUGUGUGUGUGUGUGUGUGUGUGUUCGGUGUGUGUGUUCGGUGUGUGUGUGUGUGUGUGUGUGUGUGUGUGUGCGUGCGUGUGUGUGCGUGUGUGUGUGUGUGUGUGUGUGUGUUUGGCUGCAAAGUUAUCUGAACAGAUUUGGAAAAUAAGACGAGACAUAUGGAAAUGUACAUAACCUGUUUUUUAAUAUUUGAGAUUUGUUUUGCCUGUUUGUGCGAUGGCAUGUAGUUGUUUUUAUAGAUAUUUUGUAUACAUUGUAACUUGUUUUGCUUAUGAAAUCUGAUAUUUCACCCUGUAAAUUAAUGUAAUAUAAACAUAUAUUAUAUUGAUUUAUACACAGUGUUCUGACGAGAAAUACAAAGAUUUAGGAUCAAACUCUUUUUCUCUCUUUUGUAACGUGAAUGUGCCAAAUCUCCUCUAAAAACACAAAUGAAAAGAGAGAGAAAGAGGUUUGAAACGCUGUUUAUCCCCGAAUGCUGUUGAUGAUUCUGCCCGUGACACCCCGAUGCCUACGAACGCUGAGAAACGCCUCAAACUGAGACAAAACUAAAGAAGUUCACCCAAAACUAGAAUGUGCUCCCCUCAGCUCGUCCAACAUUCAGAUGAGAGUCUUCAUCAGAUCUGGAGAAAUGUGUCUCAGUGAAGUGAAUGGGUGCCGUCAGAACGAGCGUCUCAUAAAAACAUCACACUAAUCCGCAGCGCAUCUGGAGAAGACAAAAGAUCAAACUAAUCCAGCGUUAAGACGUUUAUAACUGCGGUAUAAAUCCAUAAUCUGUAAUAAUCCAGUGGAAAAAGUGAAAUCUGCUCAAAUCAAACACAACUUUUUAAAGCUUUUUUUUAGUCUGUUGUCUGAUGGAUGUUUUUAUCAGCUCUUUGGACUCUCGUUCCGACGGCACCCAUUCACAUCCAUUGCUGGGACGCAUUCCUCCAAAUGAAGAAACAGAUGAGCACAGUUUCAGCACAGUUUUUGGUUGAACUAAUAAUGUGUGUGUUGCACAAGUGCCCUGUCGAUCAAUCUAAGCGAAGAACGUCAUAUUGAUGUUAAAGUGAAUGAACGUGACAGUCGGUCUGAAGAUGUCUUUCUUCUGUCUGUGGUGAUGUUGUAAAGGGCUUCGGUCGACGGCUCAGAAGCUCUUGAAGCUCUUGAAGCUCUUGAAGCUCUUGAAGCUCUGCUGGAGGAGGUUCGCUGGCCUUAAUAUGCUCUGCGUGUUUUGAAUCAUCUCAUACGUUGCGUUUGACGCGUUUCACAUCACGCUGUUUUAGGGCUUAUUUUCUUUUGCUUUUUCCAUCUUUUUUUUCCUCUCCUUUUAACCUUGACACAUGGCCACAUUUUUACUGCGUAAUGCUGAAUAUUUAGAGCUGAUCCUCACUGAAUGUGCUCAGAAAGCCUCUGUAUCUGAGCCGGUUUGUUUGAUAUGUUUUGGUUAGUUUUAGAGAGACUGUGUGAGAGUAACACUGGUUCUUCUGUUGGAUUAUUGUGUGAUUUUUCUGGUUUCCGACACGGCAAAUGUACAGACCUUUUUGUAAUAAAAAAAUGGAUCUUGUCA